AUGUUGCAAAAGAAAACGUACUACGGAGCCUUAUAUAAAAGAAAAUCGAUUCCAAUAGAUAGUAUCGUGUUCACGUCCAAAGCAAACAUGUCAGUGAAAUAUACAAGUUUCCUUUUGGUUCUCCUCGUUGCUCUUGCAAUUGGUGAGGCGCAGUACCGCCCCAAUUCAAGACUGACUCAAACGAGAAAAUCUGCCAGACAACAGACUCCACACACCGUCUAUGGACCACCACAAAACUCCACAACUACGUCCGAGGUUGAGACGACCACUGAACCACAAGCUGAGCAAAUUAGCUCAGUUAACGGCAACGUGAAGAACCAGAAGUUGCAGGCCAAUCAGGAGCAGGGAGUUUACUACGUUUACCAUCCAAGCGGAUUGUUGCAAAGAGUGGAGUACUUGAGGAAGGACGACACCGAGAACAAGGAAUUUCUGGCCCAACUAAAGUACCAAGAUGUCGCUCCAAUCAGGGAACCAAUCUACACCUACGACCCCAACACUUAUGUUUUUAGUCAGUUGUCUGUGUAAUGU